AGGAUUAGCGUCCACAGGAUAUUAAUUGUGUUUUGAUGAUAGUGCAGUAUAGAUUUUAAUUAACAGAGGACUUUGAUAUAAAAAAAAAUUGCUUUCAGCAUUAUUGACAUACCACACAGUUUGAGUUUGGGACGUAUCAACUAGUGAAAAACUCGACAAGAAAAUUGUUUUAUGGUUACCUCAUUAAUAACAUGUUCCAUUUUCAUUUAUUUUUCUGACAAGAAAAAGUUUUAGGUCGUAUUCAUCUUCACCAUGGCAACAUCACGAAAAGAUCCUGACACUUUUCCUGCGAAAACUAUGCUCGUCAGUUUGCUAGGAGUCAGUGAAACUGUCUUGCAAAAGCUGAUACAAUAUCUUGCUCGUGUGAAUUCUAAAUCAUAUGCAACAAAUGGUGGUGUAGCGUUAGGCGAGGUGUUAAAAGAUGUCCACAGAAAUAGACGACUAAAGAUUGGAGUGUUAAAGAAUAAAGAAAACCAUAUUAAAAUUUUUGAUUGUCCAGGCAAUUGUGUUCCUGAGUCUUGCCAAAGCAAAAUACGUUAUUGCAUUGAGGUGUCGCAUUUGGAUGCAUCAUUGCUUAUAUCCUUAAUACUAAAGGUUCCUGAUUUGCUGCCAAAAAGGAAUAUUAAUAAUGUUUACAAAGAAAUAAGGCUGCAUGUUGAAAAAAUUGAGCAGUUGCGGAAUUUAGCAAUACAUACCUCUCCUGAUGGAUGUAAUCUCAUGUUUCAGGGUGAUCAAUCAUUUCUACCAAAUGAAUAUCACAGUUGGGAGGAUAUGUGGCAAAAGUUUAAAGGUCAUGUAGUUGAUUUAAGUAAUAUGUUGUUAAGCGAAACCUUUGUUGACGAUAAAUUCAAGAAAGAAAUCGAAGGAAAGAUUGCACUGAUAGAAUUCAAAAAAGAUGAGAUUCAAAGAAUUUUACAAUAUCGCAGUGUUACACGUGAGAUUUAUUCUGCUGAUUGUUACUACAACAGCGUCUUUACACAAAAGUUUUCAUUGAGUCUCUAUUUUGAGAAAUUUGAAACAUCAGGAAAUUGCUGCAUUCCAUUUGGACAUCGAAAAUUACUUCCUUCUGCGUUAAAAGAUUGCUCAUCAGAAGAGAUGUUACGGAUAAGGCGAUUGGUUAAAGAAGAUGCAGAAAAAUACUUGCAACGCUCUAUUCCAAAUUACCAGCGAGAAAAUUUCAGAAUUAACAUAGAAGGCAAUCAGUAUGUCAAAGGGUCGAAAACUAUCGACGUGCGUGUUCUUAUACACUCAACUAAAGGUGAGAUUCCUGAACAAUUUCUUAACAGCGACUCCGAUGAGUCAUUUCAAUUGAAAAAGACAAUAAAGGAAGCCUUCGAACAGACAAUAUUAGAAGAGUGGAAAACCAAAGUCAAAAUUCGAAUUUCACAGUACUGUUACGGUUGUUUGCAUAUGACGUUUUCUUUGUCUUUCGAAAAGGAGAUAAAUAUCCAAGAUGAAGAUGUUGACAAGCUUUUAACGAUGUUAAAAAACCUUGUAAGCUCACCCGAAACCCAAGUUCAAAUACUCUUAGGCAACUCCAAGUUUCCGGAAUAUCAAAUUGAAGUUUCACUUGAUUAUGACCAGGAAUGUCUGAGAAAACAAUGUCUUAAAUUCAUCCUAAAAGUUUACUUAAUAAAGUGCAAUAAUAUCCGACAGGUGCUACAACAGAUAAAAGGUUUAAAAAAACAUCUACAAAGAAAAAAUGGUGAUGAUUGGUUGGACCAGGUAUACGAUACAUGUAGGUCUAAUUAAAGAUGUUAUACCUUAGUUUGAUAAGAUUUCAAAUUCUAAGUUCAAAUCCUUUUCUUAUCUCUUUAAUAAUAGCCGCAUUCCGUCUGUCUGUUUGUGCGAGGGAAAAUAGUCGUGUUACGAAAACACGAAAUGCGAUAUAUAAA